AUGAAGACAGCAAUCGUUUGCAUACUCUUCUCCUUAGUGCUGGGUGCCAUCUUUGCAGGUGCUGCUAGCCAAGUGGGGAAGGCAGGUGGAGCCAAUAAAAAUCAGAAGCCAGGUAUCUCUAACCAGAAGGUGAGACCAGGGUCUACUGCUGAUAAAGAAGAGGAGAAAAAUAUGGCUAAAUCUCCUUCUGGCAACAUAGCGGAGGUCCAAAAUGACAGCAAGAAGCCAUCAGAGGACCAGGGCAACUGUCCAGCACUCUUUGACCCUGUCUGUGGCUCUGAUGAAAAAACCUACAACAACAUGUGUUCGUUUGAAGAAGCAAAUAAGAAAAGUAAUGGAAAACUAAAUCUGAAACACAAAGGAAAGUGCUGA